GUUUCUGUUUCUAUCUAAAAACACGCCGAGUCAAACGAGUCACAGUUAGCGAGCUGAGUUGAACCAGGUGAUAUCUAAGAAGAGAUUAUCAAAGGAGAAGAUGAGUGAAAUUAUGAAGAAUCAAGGUUCACAAUGGUGGUGGCUUGACACACACACCAUCACUAGAAGAUCUCAAUGGCUUCAAUCCACACUCAAUGAACUGAACAAGAAGACACAGGCAAUGCUCAAAUUAAUUGAACAAGAUGCAGAUUCAUUCGCGCAACGCGCAGAGAUGUAUUACAAGAAGAGGCCAGAGCUUUUAAGCCUUGUUGAAGAUUUCUAUAAAACACAUCGCUUGUUAGCCGAGCGGUACGAUCAGGUCAGGCCAGACACUGGAGCUCGGCUACUGAAGGUUGGAGGGUCGCCUUUUGCCUCUCCAAGUUGUAAAUUACAGAAGGCAGUGAGUUUUGCAGAUAGUGGUUAUGAUGAUAGCAAUUCCGAGAGUUGUGAUGUAGAGGACGAGUUUAUGGAAUCCGAAGUUGAUGAUCCUGAGCACGAGGAUGAUGUUCGUUCUGUGGCAUCAAGCGAUAAAGUGAUGAUGAAGAUAAAGAAAGAAAUUCAGAACAAGGGUGAUAAGGAACAACUCAAGAAGAAAGAUUCCAUUUGUGAAGAAAUUGUGGUGUUGAAGGCAGAAAUCGAAAGACUCAAGGAAGAGAAUAAAGCACAGAAGGAUCAAAUUAGGCAGAAAGAUAUAAUCUGUGGUGAAGUAAUGAUGUUGAGGAGAGAAAACGAAAGAUUCAGAGAAGAGAAUCGAGUGCAGAAGGAAGAACUAAAGCAGAAAGGUAACUUGGUGUGCAAGGAAAAGAUUGAGAGACUUGAAGAAGAGAAUAGAGAACUUGUGGAGAAGCUUAAGCUGAAAGUUCCUGCCUGUGUUGAAUUAAUAGAGUUGAGAAAAGAAAUUAGAAAACUAAAAGAAGAGAAUAGAGCAAAGGAGGAUCAAAUCAACCAGAAAGAUUCCGUUUGUGCUGAAAUAACGGUGUUGAGGAAAGAAAUACAAAUUCUCAAAGAAGAGAAUAGAGCAAAGGAAGAUCAACUGAAGCAGAAAGAUAGCUUUCUUGACGAACUAAUGGUCUUGAGUAAAGGAUUUGGAGAAGAGAAUCGGUUGUUGAAGGAAAAACUCGAGCUGAAAGAUGCUAUGUGUGAUGAAGUUAUGGUGUUGAGGAAAGAAAUAGAAAGACUCAGAGAAGAUAAUAGAGAAAAGGAGGAUCAACUCAAGCAGAAAAGUAGCAUUUGUGAUGAAGUAAUGGUUCUGCAGAAAGAAAUUGAAGGGCUCAGAGAAGAGAAUAGAACAAAACAGGAUCAGCUGAAGUACAAAGAUGCAAUUUGUAUCAAAAUAAUGACUUUGAGUGAAGAAACAGAGAAACUCAGAGUAGAGAAUAUAGCUCUGAAGGAUCUGCUAAAGAAGAAAGAUAACAUCUAUGAUGAAGUAUCAGUGAUGCUGAGGGAAGAAAUUGAAGAACUUCAAAUAGAGAAUAAGACACAAAAGACUCAUUUGAAGCAGAAAGAUGAAGAGAAGAUGGGAGUGAUUAGGCACCUAAGUUUAGCAAUAGAUUUGCUUAAGCAAGAGAAUGUGAAGAUGAGAAGCUUCAUUUCCAAGGAACUUGAAAAGAAAUGGAACAACCCUUUUAAUAAAUUGUUCAAUAGAGCCUCUAAGAAUCAAACUAGUGUUAUGCCAAUUUAGAUCUGGUUCAAAAAAAGUUAGUAGGGAUCUUACAAAGAUGUCUAUAUAUUAUAAGAUUGGGAUUUACCCAAGUAGCAUAGAAAUAUGAUAAUAUAAUACAAUAUCAUCCUAGUAUAGUAUCUUAUAUAAUUAAAACUAUUUAUAUUUUUAGUAAGAUAUUUUAUAUUUU